AAAGAUCCAUCUCGAGGCUUGCAGCGAGUAAGUCAUUGUGGGCGGCUUUUUGUUGGCACAAAACACAAAAAACGCCUACUGACAACUGACAUUGGAUGAGUGUAGAGCAGCUCGUGUUGGUAUGAAGUUUCUGAGAUCCGGCGCUACUGCUCCCGAGGCUGUCGAAGCUGCUAUAAAGUGCCUCGAGGAUAAGGAGAUCACGAAUGCUGGCUUCGGAAGCAAUCUCAACAUGGACGGAGUUGUCGAAUGCGACGCAACCAUCGUCGACCACUUGGGAAGAAGCGGUGCUUGUGGCGCCGUCCCUGGUAUCAAAAACCCGAUCUCUCUUGCCAAGGUGAUUCUCGAUACCAGUAGCCAGCCCUUAUCACUCCGCCGCGUCCCGCCCAACAUUCUGGUGGGGCAGGGGGCAACUGAGUUUGCCGAAGAACAUGGGAUACCAAGCACUGUCAACGAGUACCUCGUCUCAAAGAAUGCAAAGGACCGCUAUCUCCGUUGGAACGAUGACCUGAAGAAGGCUGAUGCCAAGCUAAAUUCUGCCGCGGCUUUCGCCUGCAGAUAUCAGGAGAGCGAGCCGAAGAGGUCGUUAACUCCGAAUGAUUAUGACAAGGCAGCGAAUCAAGCCGGUCUCAACCAGGGGCGAGACCACGCCAGUGCUAUCCUGACUGGGACGUGGAAUGAGGGCCAGCCCGAUUCGCCAUAUUCCGGAGGCUCUCCUCUUGGGGAAAAUGGGUCACCUAUUGUUACAGCGGCUCCGACUCCACCCCGGUCUGCCCCGGGCCCAGCACAGAGAGUGACGACGACAACGACAAGUAGGGCCACGGACCGAAGUCCCCUAAACUUCAUGACUUCCGCCUUCCAGUCACGCGUGACUCAGUCUUCGUCCAAGCGGCCCAGGAUUCGCAAGAGCCUGAGCGACAACACCGCCUGUCUCGCGGCCAAGUCGCCUUCUCCAGCAGGAUCGCCCCAUGAUGGGUCAGAUGAUUUUUCAUACUUCGACGACCGUGAUAUUUAUGCCUCGGACUUGGCUCACGAUCGGUCUAAGAAGCCAAAGACGAGUAAAUACCACAAGGGCAUGCCGAGCCAAGAUCAAGACACAGACCUGGUGACGGACACUAUUGGUGCCAUCGCCAUUGAUUUGAAUGGUAAUAUCGCAGCAGGGUCGUCUUCUGGAGGAAUCGGGAUGAAGCACAGGGGUCGAAUCGGCCCUGCGGCCCUGGUAGGCAUCGGCACUGCCGUUGUGCCCGAAGAUCCCGAGGACGACAACGGAACGUCUGUGGCGGCCGUCACCAGCGGAACUGGCGAGCACAUGGCUACGUCCCUCGCCUCGGCGAAAUGUGCUGAGCGGCUAUUCUAUGGUACUAGACGUGGGCCCGGGGGGUUGAGCAUCGAGGAGUUGGACGAGCACAACUUGAUGGAGGCCUUUAUUCUUGACGACUUCAUGGGACAUCCAGGGGUCAGGAACCAGCCUUCAACUGGAGCAAUUGGGGUAAUGGCUGUGAAGAAGGACCGUACUGGCAUCUACUUCUACUUUGCUCAUAAUACCGACUCCUUCGCCCUCGCUUCCAUGUCGACUACAGAACGCGACCCGGCUUGUGUCAUGUCGCGCCUCGGAGAGGGCCGUCAGGUGACACAAGGUGCGCGGAGGAUUCGAAUCGACUAGCACGCUUCCUUUGAGUCAAUCCUUUACGGAAUACAUGGCGUUGGUGCGGGUUUUUAGAAGUGUUUCGGGUUGGAAAAUGCUAGAAAAAAGAACUGCACUGAAAGAUUGGCGUAACUGCG